GUCCCCUGUCCGGACCCCGCCCCGACCAGGUCCAGCACCGCCCAACGGCAAGUUAAGAGCCCCCCAGUGCCAGACGCUCCAGACAGACUGCCACUCUUGGGGGGCAAGAGUUGGUUGUCGUCAUGGCGACGGCGCUGAUGGCUGUGGUUCUGCGGGCAGCUGCUGUAGCCCCGAGGCUGAGAGGCCGGGGAGGCACUGGGGGCGCCCGAAGGCUGAGCUGUGGCGCACGGCGGCGGGCGGCGAGUGGCACCAGCCCGGGGCGCCGGCUCAGCACCGCCUGGUCGCAGCCCCAGCCCCCGCCCGAGGAGUACGCGGGCGCGGACGACGUCUCCCAGUCGCCCGUCGCCGAGGAGCCGUCGUGGGUGCCGAGUCCCACGCCCCCGGUGCCCCACGAGUCCCCAGAGCCUCCUUCGGGCCGCUCGCUGGUGCAGCGGGACAUCCAGGCCUUCCUGAACCAGUGCGGGGCCAGCCCUGGGGAGGCGCGCCACUGGCUCACGCAGUUCCAGACCUGCCACCACUCCGCGGACAAGCCCUUCGCCGUCAUCGAGGUGGACGAGGAGGUGCUCAAGUGCCAGCAGGGCGUAUCCAGUCUGGCCUUUGCCCUGGCCUUCUUGCAGCGCAUGGACAUGAAGCCGCUGGUGGUCCUGGGGCUGCCGGCCCCUACGGCUCCCUCGGGCUGUCUUUCCUUCUGGGAGGCCAAGGCGCAGCUUGCCAAGAGCUGCAAGGUGCUGGUAGACGCGCUUCGACACAACGCCGCCGCUGCUGUGCCAUUUUUUGGCGGCGGGUCUGUGCUACGCGCUGCCGAGCCGGCUCCCCAUGCCAGCUACGGCGGCAUCGUCUCGGUGGAGACAGACCUGCUGCAGUGGUGCCUGGAGUCGGGCAGCAUCCCCAUCCUGUGCCCCAUCGGGGAGACGGCCGCGCGCCGCUCCGUGCUUCUCGACUCCCUAGAGGUAACCGCGUCGCUGGCCAAGGCGCUGCGGCCCACCAAAAUCAUCUUCCUCAAUAACACAGGCGGCCUGCGCGACAGCAGUCAUAAGGUCCUGAGUAACGUGAACCUGCCCGCCGACCUGGACCUGGUGUGCAACGCCGAGUGGGUGAGCACAAAAGAACGGCAGCAGAUGCGGCUCAUCGUGGACGUGCUCAGCCGCCUGCCCCACCACUCCUCGGCCGUCAUCACCGCCGCUAGCACGCUGCUCACUGAGCUCUUUAGCAACAAGGGGUCCGGGACCCUGUUCAAGAACGCCGAGCGAAUGCUACGGGUGCGCAGCCUGGACAAGCUGGACCAGGGCCGUCUAGUGGACCUGGUCAACGCCAGCUUCGGCAAGAAGCUCAGGGACGACUACCUGGCCUCGCUGCGCCCGCGGCUGCACUCCAUCUACGUCUCCGAGGGGUACAACGCCGCCGCCAUUCUGACCAUGGAGCCCGUCCUGGGGGGCACCCCCUACCUGGACAAAUUUGUGGUGAGCUCCAGCCGCCAGGGCCAAGGCUCCGGCCAGAUGCUGUGGGAGUGCCUGCGGCGGGACCUUCAGACACUUUUCUGGCGCUCCCGGGUCACCAACCCCAUCAAUCCCUGGUACUUCAAACACAGUGAUGGCAGCUUCUCCAACAAGCAGUGGAUCUUCUUCUGGUUUGGCCUGGCUGAUAUCCGGGACUCCUAUGAGUUGGUCAACCACGCCAAGGGAUUGCCAGACUCCUUUCACAAGCCAGCUUCUGACCCAGGCAGCUGACCCUCACCAUGGACACUACAGGCCCUGGAAUGGCCAGGGUGGACCAAAAGCCAUGCCAGCUGGGCAUGACCCCAGGCAGCCAGCCACAGGCUGAAGGGGGCUUGUUGGCUGAGUGAUCUGCAGAGGAGAAAGCAGCCCCAGCUCUGCCCAGAGGAGGCGCUGAAGUGGGACAAGCACAGGAAAGAAGGGGACCAGUCUAGGACCCCAACUCGACUCACUCUAAAGCCACAACCAAAUGGCCUUUGAUUUUCAACCUGGGGACUAGGGGAGGGGAGGGUGCCUUCCAGGGCUCUACUCAGGACUAACCCUAAGGGUGGGCUAGUUUCUGUGCCUCUGUGCUAUGUUUUGAGGCUCCCUUACCCAAAAUAAUACCCCUGCCUGCGUGAUAUUCUACCAUUCAUUUUAAUUCCUUUGGGUCUUGCAGUUUUUCAGGAGUCCUUGAUUAAAAUGCAAAUACUUGUCUGAGAGUCAGCUUACACUUGAAAGAAAAUUAGAAGUGACCCCAUGGGAGCAAGAUUUUUUUUUUUUUUUUAAAGACAGGAUCUUGCUCUGUUACCAAGGCUAGAGUACAGUGGUGCAAUCACAGCUCACUGCAGCCUUGACCUCCCAGGCUCAAGCAAUCCUCCCAUGUCAGCCUCCUAAAUAAGCUGGUACCACAGGCAUGCACCACCACACCUGGCUCUCUUUUUUUUUGGUAGAGACGAGGUCUCACUAUGUUGCCAAGGCUGCUCUCAAACUCCUGGGCUCAAGCAAUCCUCCCUGCUUGGCCUCCCAAAAUGCUAGGAUUACAGGCUGGGAGCAAGAUCUUGAGGGCUGGGGAAUCAGGGGACUCCUGGAGGGAGUAGAAGACUUCUAUGAUGAAUGCUGCCACCAUCUCCCUCCCAGAGAUUAGGAAGCAUCCUCCCUUCCACAGACCAGGCCACAGCAGCCCCAGCUCCCCUUGCCUGUGAGUGCCUCCACCCACAGCUCCCUUUCUAGGCUGGGCUCACAGCCAGACCCAGGCAUCAGUGGUGGACCGUUUACCUGCAAGAGCCCAGAGAAGUUAAAAGAUGGCUUUGGCUUAAAAGCUCAAACUUGGACGUUUUCCCCUAGGCCCUACUAGUGGUUGUGUCCAGUCUCUACAGGACUCGAUGGGCAGAAAUCCAAAGCCCAGGGGUUUCAUUUGACAUUUUUUGAAGCUCCAUAAUGUAGCAGGCACCAUACCGGCUGCUGCUGGGGUGACUUUCUGGCAGACACAUAGACAAGAAGGGAGAAGGUCGCCGGAUGCGGUGACUCACGCCUGUAAUCCCAGCACUUUAGGAGGCCGAGGCGGGUGGAUCACGAGGUGAGGAGAUCGAGACCAUCUUGGCUAACACAGUGAAACCCCGUCUCUGCUAAAAAUACAAAAAAUUAGCUGGGCGUGGUGGCGGGCGCCUGUAGUCCCAGCUACUCAGGAGGCUGAGGCAGGAGAAUGGCGUGAACCUGGGAGGCGGAACUUGCAGUGAGCCGAGACCGCACCACUGCACUCCAGCCUGGGCGACAGAGCGAGACUCCAUCUCAAAAAAAAAAAAAAAAAAAAAAAUUAGCCAGGCAUGGUGGCGGGCACCUGUAAUCCCAGCUACUCAGGAGGCUGAGGCAGGAGAAUCACUUGAACCCGGGAGGCAGAGGUUGCAGUGAGCCGAGAUCACACCACAGCACUCCAGCCUGGGUGACAGCGAGACUCUGUCUCAAAAAAAACAAAAAACAAAAAGCAAACAAACAAAAAAAAAAACUGUAGUCCCAGCUACUCGGGAGGCUGAGGCAGGAGAAUGGCAUGAACCCGGGAAGCGGAGCUUGCAGUGAGCAGAGAUCGCGCCACAGCACUCCAGCCUAGGUGACAGAGCAAGACUCCGUCUCAAAAAAAAAGGGAGAAGGUCAACAGGGAGACCAUCAUGGCACAGUAGGGGCUGGAAUAGAGCAGCCUCUGUCUCCCCUCAGGAGAUGGGUCACAGUGAGUACAUAUCUGGACUUCGCCAUUAGACAGACCUGACCUGGAAUCCAGCUCUGUGGGCUGGAUUUGCUCUGUGGCUUGACCGAAACUGCUUAUCCUCUCUGAGCCUCCAUUUCCUUCAUGUAUAAAGUGUAAAAUAUUCCACUUCACAGUGGACACUUCACAGUUCUCUCCCUCUAGCUGCUCUCACCAAAGAUGUCUUCAUAAGAACCAGCUCCAAAUGGGGAGAAAAAGACAACCUACAACAAGAGGGACUGAGGUGAGGGAUCGAAAGCAUAUAGUAAAAUGAGGAUUUUGAGAUUCUUGAAAAAGAGAGCCACUGGGCACAGUGGCUCAUGCCUGUAGUCCCAGCACUUUGGGAUGCUGAGGCUGAGGCUGGAGAAUCACUUGAGCCAAGGAGUCUGAAACCAGCCUGGACAACAAAGUGAGACCUUGUCUCUAAAAAAUAAAGAAGUGAAAAAUUAAAAAAAAAAAGAAAGAGAGAGAGCCAAAGAACUGUGGGAAAUCUUGGAACAGGGGAAAGAUCACGGGAGGCCCAAGGUGGGGCUUGACCAGAUCUAGUGUUUCAAGAAACCCAA